ACAUUUCAGCCAGGAGCUGCUUAUCUGUCUUUCUCUGUCUGGGUGAAGACACAACUGAAGAUGAAGCUUGCUGUGUUUGCUUGCCUGUUGCUGAUCGUGCCAUUCCAGGCCGAAGCUGGCUCAUGCUAUGGUAAAACCGUUCAAAUCUGGGUGUCAAAUGGCAGAAACCUACAUGAAGGACUUGGAAGACCAGAUCCCUAUGUUGUGGUGAAAAUCGGCAGUGACUCCAAAAAGACCAAAGUCAUUAAUUCAAGCACCAACCCAAGUUGGAUGGAGAAGAUGGAAUUUCCCGAGGCCACUAGCGACAUGCUUCAAAUGGAGGUCUGGGACAAAGAUGAUUUCACUGCCGAUGACAAACUGGGAACGUGCAUGGUGCCAAUGUCCUCAAAUGGUCAAGAUUUCCGCACCAUUGAGUGCAAAAUGGAUGACAAUACAGGUGUUGUCAACGCAUUCUACAGGUGUUUCUAAAUGUAACCUGCUCUUGAAAAUGUAAAAGACCGAUCUGAGGUGAAGCAAAUUCUCUUUCUCGUCAAAGUAUUUGUGGUAGAAAACCAAAACUUGACUAAAUACUGAUGAUUCUUUUCCCACAAUAUUGUCCUUUUGUUUAUUUCAAAAUGGAUGUCUGCUGUAAAGAAACUUUAUUUUCAAAGGCCACAGUGUGCAAAAUAUCUUAUAUUGUCUACCUGUGACUUUUUGGUCGCUCAGCAGUUGAAAAAUGAAGAAAAUUCAUCACCAUUGAAUCUUGUGUUAAAAAAAGCUGUAUUUUCUUUGUACAGUUGGCUUUUUAGACACUGCAGCAGAUCUGUAUCUUUUCUGAACAACUAUAAUUUCUCACUGAAAGAGGAUUCAGUUUGAAAUGAAAACAGCAAUGAAUAAAACCAAAAGAAGUAAACAAUAUUUGUUUUCAAUGUGUGUUUUCCGGUGCACUCAUAGCCGGAAUGAAAUGCUUUACAGAAACUAAAUGGUUUGAAAACAUUUAAACCCGCAAUGCCAGUAAACAGUCACACAUACCUCCAUGCUCAUCUCAAAUGACAUACAAUAAUGAAUUUAUUGGAUAUUUUGGGAGAAAUCUGACACCUCCAUACUGCCCUAUGUAUCAUUAAAAAUCAAAGAAAUAAACCCAAGACCUGAAUUAA